UUAUUUUUCGGUCAUAGAAAAAUGGCGUCUUUUCAUAGGCCUGGUCAAACCGAUCAAACCGAAUUUUGUCAGUUAUACUCGGCAAGGAAGCUUUUGGUGUUUUUCGUUUUUCUCGUUAUUUCCUGAUACAUAUGUUGAAUUUUGCGAUAUAAAUUGUUUUACAGAAAUAAAUAUUCAUAAUGGGGGACAGUAAUUUUCUCUCCGCAUACAAGUUAAUCAAUUCACAGUUAGUGUUAAACAAUCAGAAGCUGAAGGAAGAGAUGAAGGACAAAAUUGAAAUGAUAAAUCAAUUAAAUGAUCAACUUUUAAAAUAUAGAGAGGAAAACAAAACGUUGCGAGACAUGGUGCAUAAACUGCUGGAGCAGUUCAAGACAAUCACCACAAUUAUGGUAUCGGUUAGAGAUCAAAGUGAAUCCGUUUUUAAUAUUGUUUACAAUGAGCACGCAAUGAAGGAGGCAGAAGAACGAACGCGUCGGCCAAUAGCCGGCUUGAUAUAUGAGCGACGUCGAAUGGAAUAUCCACCAGAAGUUGACGAAGCGGCUAUCACUGAGGGUGAAGACGAAAAUAAGUCAAUGGAGGACUACCGAACAGCGAGCAACACGGUACUGGAAGAGGGAAAUGAAAACGACGAGGAGCGCAACGUUUUGUUGACCAAAAGUCCGUUAUUGAAGCGAUUGGAACGAAGAUCGCGAAAUCGUAGUGUUGACGAGUCGUUUGAAACAAUUGACACAAGUUGUGUGGUGAAGGCUGCCCGUAAAAGUCAAGAAUAUCGACACAGCAGAGACUCGCGCGAAGGCAGAUUUAGCAGCGAAGAAGAAAGCUUACGGGAAGUGACUGGAUCUGAGAACAUGGACAUCAGUCAACCUAGUUUUCUGCCUAAGGUUUCAAUGGCACAAAUAAUGACCGAUGAAGUUCCCAACAUUGAAGUCAUCGAUGAAAGUAUAACCAUUCGCAACGCCAUUGAAACAAGCAGCUUUUCCGAGAAAUCAAGUUAUGAAAGUAUUCAAAGUGACGUUAAUCCUCCUACUGAUCAAAGCCUUCGGCCUACAAAUUUGAAACGAAUGGCUAGUGAAUCGUUGCUAAGUACACUAAUUGACCAGGAAGCGAAUAAGGAAAACGGUAACGGCACCAAUGAUACUAUCUCGAAUGCGACUUGCUCAACACCGCUAGCUAAAAGCCGGCGCACAAAUCGAUUAAAAGCAGGUUUGCUCUCUCCAACAUCUCCUGUGCCGUUCGUGGCGCUAAAGCCCCUAACAAAAGCAAACCUUACCAAACAUAAUAUCUCUCACAACUCACUCGUAUUCAAAACAAACAAGAGUACGAAACAGGACGACUUGGAACGCAGUGAACAGGCCAGCACAGAGUCAAAUGACUCGAAAAGACCCCGACGAAAAGCUGCCCCUAAGGUGCUGAAGGAACCCAGUCUCGGCUGCAAGUUAAGGAGAAAAUAAUCGGCAAGAAAUAAAUUAUAAAUAAGUUGUUAAUUGAUAACGUACACCAGUUUGUGACUUACAAUUUGAACAAAGCAUAACUGAAAAAAAAUCACGAAACUCCGUUUUCUUUUUAUUUUAAGUUAUUGCGAAGUAUCAUCCUGUUUCAUAAAAUAAAAUCUACGUGGAACAUCUUAGU